GUUGGCAAGCACUCCUCCCCCUUUGGUCUCGUCACAGCCACACUCAGCAGGCAACAUUACAAGGUGGCCAGUGGUCAGAACCUGUGAGAGAGUGAGACAGCAAACGGUGGACUAUAACAAAGAGGGGACGAAAUGGAAUAAACAGUGAUUUCUAAACCAAAACGGGGAAUCUCUUCUUAUCCACUCCGGCAAGGACUGUUUAAUUAUUUUAAUGUCUUCUACGCAGUAUGUCAAAUAUUAUGACUCAACAGAGCCAGACAAUGCUGAAGGUAACGUUAACUUAACAUUAACGUUACUGUUGCUGUGGACUUGUAGUUAACGUUGACUAGCAGAUUUAUAUGUAUUACUAAUUGAACGGGGCAUAGAUACCCGUAAAAGGGACACAUCUAUGUUGGCUUAAACUUCAGAGCAGAGUGUUAACGCGCACGCCACCAGGAAAGCCAGUGUUAUCUUAGUAGCUAGCUAGCUAGUCAGCUCAAGACUGCUUGGUUUAUGCUAGCACUAUCUCUGUACUGGUUGGUAUUUAAAUACUCCCCGUUAGAUUCCCUUGACUUGACUGAAACUAAAAGGGUUCCAGCGUUUGUGGAAUUUAGUCUGGCACGGUGGGACGUGUGUUUAUCAAACCACUGUGAAAACGGCAGUACUUCAUACCGGUGUUUACAACUGUUUACCCCCUCUGGAUAUUUCGAAAUGCAUAACCCGGAUUCUGCAGGGGACUCACCAAGCCCAAGGAAAAUGGCGUACCCAGCAAUUAUUCCUAGAAGGGGUAACGUUUGUAAUCAAAGCAGUGAAACCAUGUCUGCAUUGUCAAGUGUGACUUGCUCCACACUUAGUAACAACCCUCUGCUGGCUGAUGAAUAUCACUCACUGACACAGGCUCACGCUAUAUCUGUCUCUUCUACUGCUGGAUCUCAGCAACCUCCCAACAGUCUGAACAUUCACACCCAGUCUACAAUGCAACCUCAGAUUCUGCCAUUAUCUGGAGCACAGAUGAAGAAGAAAAGUGGCUUUCAGAUCACCAGUGUGACACCUGCUCAAAUUACUGUCAGCACCAACAACAGUAUAACUGAGGACACCGAAAGCUGUGACGACUUGGAUGAGUCACACACUGAGGAUUUGUCUUCCUCUGAGAUUAUGGAUAUACCUCUUUCCCGAACUGAUAAGGGAGGUCCACAGAGGAGUUACUCAGAGGAAACGCUCAACAACUUUCCAGAGGCAGAAACCCCAGGAGCAAUGUCUCCCAACCAACCCCCCCUUCAUCACUCCUUGACUCAUCCACAAGGCAUAGUCACGAAUGGAUCUGCCCAUCACCUCCACCAACAGGAUCCUCAUGAUCACCACCACCAUAUUCAUGCCAACCUGGCCUCAUCAGCCUCCAUCAGUGCCCAGUCAGUCUUCCCUGCUCUGACCACCGUGUCCACUUCUGUCCAGAAAAUGCCUUUGAAUGUUGGAGGCCUACUUGAAAAUUCCUUUGCCAGCACAACUGGUUUGAUGGGUCAGCCUUCACCUGCAUCUGUCCCAGGAGCCACUGCUGAAGUAUUCUCUGCUGUCUCAGGUGCCACAAUUUGUAAUGUAAGUUCAAGCAAUGUUAAUAAUAUCAGUACUUUGAAUUCAGCCUGUGUGCCUGUUGUGGGGGGUAUCAGCAGCCAAAAUAUGAACAUGGUACAGCAACAUCAACAAAGUGGAAUAACUGGAGCAAGUGUGUCUGGUGUUUUGGGGAUUAACAACAGUGGCCUUACAGGAGUGCCUGGAGCAGGGCAACCCAUGACUACAGGAAACACUGUCCCUGUCUCUCACACCCAGCAGCAGCAACACCCUGUCACAACAAGUUCACGUUUCAGAGUAGUCAAACUAGACUCUAAUUCCGAGCCGUUCAAGAAGGGGAGGUGGACAUGCACUGAGUAUUAUGAUAAAGAGACAGCUUCAUCCACUUUUGCCUCUGCUUCAACCUCCACGGUCCCAUCAGAGAUUCCCGUCAACCAAGUAGUGGAGACUGUGCGGCAGCGGACUGAGAACACUGUGGCAGGUUCGGAGCGUGAUUGUUUGAGCUUGAGCAGCAGCUCUGUCAGCAGUUCUGUGAGUACUCUUAGCCACUACUCAGAGAGUGUGGGCAGCGGAGAGAUGGGAGGUCCCUCUAUCUUACAGCAGACUUUCCAGCAGUCACAAGACUACACCCCAGUGGCUCCUCUGAGUGCGCACAAUGUGAAGAACAGCACGGCUCCCUCUCCUCCUGUCAGCAUGCAACAGCAGCAGACAUCAACCAAUUUAGGAACCCUGACCUCAACCAUGCCCCCCUCCUCAGCAGUGUCCCAGCAGCAGCAGUUGUCAUAUGUCCAGACCAACCCAGCUCAGUGUGUCAGUCAGCAGCUGAUGGGCUACUCACAUGCGCAGCAAUCGGCCUUACCAGCCCAGGUGGCACUGGGACACAUUCCUUUAAACCAGGCUUGCACCCAAUCAUCUGAUUAUAGCCAAACCCAGCUCCAGACAUCUUGCCCUGGGUCAUCACAGUCAACAACCCUCCAGACUGGCUGCAUGCCACCUGCCUCUGUGUCAGGGAAUAGUCAGUUGAUGAUCGCAGCACAGCAACCGGUAGGCAAAGCACCCACUUCUGUCACGCAGCCCCUCCCCUUAGGUCUUUUACAAUCCCAGCCUCAGCAGACAUCAUCACCCCAGAUGGUCCAGGCUCCUGUUGGGGUCAUGCCUCAGACGGUGCCGGCUAUGCUUCCUGGACUUUUGCAAAAGCCUAAAGGCCACCAGCUCCCUAUAGAACAGCAACCAGUCAGCACACAAGGCAUGACCCCACACUCCUCUGUAAUAACAAAUCUGCUGUCAAAUGUGCCUCCCAAUCCUGCAAACAUUGCCCUGUCUGGCGUGGUCCAGAAUGGUACUAAAGACAAUGGUGUCCAUUCUAGUGCCAGCACUCUGUGUGCAACCCUGCCUACUCUGACAGCCACACAGCUUGAGGGUGCCCAACGUCUUCUCCUCCAGCACCAGUCCCUGCUAUCACUGCCCAUGCUGGCUGCUGGUGAAUGUGCCUCUCAGACUGGAACCUCCUUAGCCACAGAGGGAAGUGUUGGAGUUAAUGCCUUAACUUCUUCAGCAAGUCUGCUGAAAAACCUGCCUGUGGAUGGAGAGGAUGAUGGUUCCUCGGGUGCCAGUGUUGUUGCCAUAGACAAUAAAAUUGAACAAGCAAUGGAUUUGGUGAAGAGUCACCUGAUGUAUGCCGUACGGGAGGAGGUGGAAGUUUUGAAAGAGCAGAUCAAAGAAUUGGUAGAGAGGAACUCUCAGCUGGAGCAGGAAAACAACCUGCUCAAGAACUUGGCCAGUCCAGAACAGCUGGCACAGUUUAAAGCACAAGUGCAGAGUGGCUCACCGCCGGCUUCCAUUCAAGGUAGCCAGCAGCCUGCCCCAUCGGUCCAGCUUGCCUCUCAGACCUCUGGGCCUUCUGCAUAGCCGCCUUUUAACACAGUGGCAUAAAGACUGUGCAAAACGACUGAAUGCAAACAUGCUCAAGCUAAUGAUCAUUAAACCUGAAGAUCGAUGCCUCAUUUACAGGAGAA